UCAAGAUGUUCAAGCUGAUCGUUGUCGCUGCUGUUUUGGCUGUAGCUGCCGCUGCACCAGGAGGAUACACUGGAAUCCACGUUGAUCACGGACUUGGUCCAAUCCACGCACCUCACGUCGUGUCUCACGUCGAUCAUCACGUGGGAACACACGUUGUUCAUUCAGCACCUGCUGUAGCACCAGCACACGUAGUUCAUUCUGCACACGUAGUUCAUGCUGCGCCAGUAGUUCAUCAUGCUGCACCACACGUAGUUCACGCUGCACCACAUGUACAUGUCGCUCCCAUUGUCACCAAGACAGUCCUUCCUGCCCAUGGACACCAUGCACCUCUUUUCUUGGGUCAUCAUGACGUCCACGGACACUACUAAGCAAUGGAAUUCAUCUUGAAAUUAAAAUAAAACUCGCUCUGUCUUCUUCCUCCUGGAUCUAAUCAGCCUGCUAUUUUUUAGCAGGUCACCAAAAUUAUUUUGCUUCGGACAUCAUUUCCAUUACCCAGCUUUUUAUAUUUUUUUUUAUAAUUAUUAAUUUUAUAUUUUUUUAUUGUAAAU